AUGGGUAUCUCCAAAUCCGACCCGAUCAUCAUUGUUGGCGGCGGAGCCUUCGGGCUCUCCAGCGCUCUUCAUUUGACUCGCUCAGGCUUUACGAAUAUUUCCGUCUUUGAGAGAGACGAGCAUAUUCCUCCUCGUUAUUCGGCCGCCAAUGAUUUAAACAAGAUUGUGCGCGCGGAAUACGAGGAUCCAUUUUACACCGAUUUGACAAUCAAAGCCAUCGCCGCAUGGAAAACCCCUCUUUUCGCACCUCAUUUCCACCGGACUGGAUUCCUCCACUGCGUGUCUGGCGAAGCACCCCAGAAAGCCAUCGACACCCUCAACAGAUUCCGGGCUUCGGCAAACGCAAACGAUCAAAUCAAAUCACAUGUCGUACCACUCAAGGGCGAAGAUGAUAUUCGUCAAGCCUGCUGGCAGCUCGACGGCCCAUUGCCCGGAUGGAAUGGAUACCUGAACCGCUUCGACGGGUAUGCACACUCCGGGAACGCCCUGGCAGGAGUAUAUCGCGCUGCGCAGGCAGCCGGCGUGCGCUUCUACCUCGGAGAACGUGGCGCAGUCGAUAAAAUUGUCUAUGUCAGCACACUGCAAGGCAAGAAAAGCUCCGGGAUCCGAACGAAGGAUGGGAAGUUCCACCCCUCUUCGUUGGUGAUUGUCGCAGCGGGCGGUGCAGUUGGCCGUCUGGUCCCGGAGAUUGGGAAGAAGGUCGUGGCCAAGUCGUGGUCUGUUGCGCAUGUCCAUCUUACGGAUGAAGAGACUUCCGCGCUGCGUGGUAUUCCUGUCACCUAUGCUCGUGAUCUGGGAUUCCUCUUUGAGCCAGAUCCUCAGACGAACUUGUUGAAGAUUUGCCCUAUGGGGGGAGGAUAUAUCAAUACGGAUGCUGAGACUGGGGUUUCUCAUGCUCCUGGGACCUUGGAGGAAAGUGCGUUUGUGCCGGAGCAUGAUGAGAGGCAGAUGAGGAAGCUGCUGGCGCAGACUCUUCCAGCGCUUGCGAAUCGUCCGCUGGUUAAGAAGUCGCUUUGCUGGUUUGCUGAUACUGAUGACUCGGACUUUAUCAUUGAUUUUGUUCCGGAGACGUCGUCGUCGGUUGUUUUGUUGUCUGGGGAUUCUGGACAUGGGUUCAAGAUGUUCCCUAUCUUUGGAUCGUGGGUUUCGGAUUUCCUGCAGGCUGGUCGGCAGCGUGAAGCACGGUGGAAAUGGAAGCAUACCGAUCCCAAUGAGGGCAAGGGAAAUUGGGGUGGUGAUGUGAGCUGGCGUCUUGGAGAGUCGAAGGAGCUCUCUGAGAUUCGCCCUGCGAUAUUGUCUAAACUUUAG